AUGUGUGACUCAAAACCUUCAAAAUUAAAAUGGACUGGUAAGAAUGUUAGACAACAAUUUAUAGACUUUUUUGUGAAUAAAGCUAAUCAUAAGUUUUAUAGAUCAGCUUCAGUAAUCCCACUAAAUGAUCCGACUUUACUAUUUACAAAUGCUGGUAUGAAUCAAUUUAAAUCUAUAUUCACUGAAACUGUUGAACCAAAUUCCGAAUUAAGUAAACUAGUUCGUGUAGUCAACUCACAAAAGUGUAUUAGAGCUGGAGGCAAACAUAACGAUUUGGAUGAUGUUGGAAAAGAUGUGUAUCAUCACACCUUUUUUGAAAUGCUUGGCUCGUGGUCAUUUGGUGACUAUUUUAAAGAAGAAGCAAUUAAAUGGGCAUUUGAGUUACUAACUAAAGUAUAUGAGAUCCCUAGUGAAAGACUAUAUGUAACGUACUUUGGUGGUGAUGAUAAACUCCCAGCAUGUCCUGUAGAUGAGGAAGCUAGGGAUAUAUGGAUGAAUUAUUUACCUAAAGAAAGGAUAAUUAGCUGUAGUGCAAAGGAAAAUUUUUGGGAAAUGGCAGAUGUCGGUCCUUGCGGACCAUGUUCUGAAAUACACUUCGAUCGAAUUGGAGGUAGGGAUGCUUCACAUUUAGUGAAUAAGGAUGAUCCUAGUGUUAUUGAAAUAUGGAACUUAGUUUUUAUGCAAUAUUAUCGUGAGACUGAUGGAUCGCUAGUCUUACUACCAGCAAAAUGUGUUGAUACAGGUAUGGGAUUAGAAAGAUUAGUUUCUGUACUACAAAAUAAAUUGAGUAACUAUGAUACAGAUUUAUUUAUACCAAUAUUUAAUCAAAUACAUAGUAUUUUCCCAAAUAUUCCUCAGUAUAAAGGUAUGGUAGGAGAUAAAGAUGACCCAAAUAAAAUUGACAUGUCAUAUAGGGUCAUUGCAGAUCACAUCAGAACUCUGUCAGUAGCAAUAUCUGAUGGUUGUAUUCCAAGUAAUGAAGGAAGAGGAUAUGUUUUAAGACGCAUUCUACGACGAGCUGUCCGCUAUGGUCGACAAUACUUUAAUGCUGGUAUGGAUGGAAAUAUGUGGUUCUAUAAACUAGUUGACAGCGUUUCUAAUAUACUUGGUGAUUACUAUCCUGAAAUUGUUGAGAAAAAAGAUACAAUAAAAUCUGCAAUAUUUGAAGAAGAAAAACAAUUCUCUAAAACUUUAGGUAAGGGAAUCGAAAGAUUCAAUAGAGUUACCAAUAAAUUACUAAAAUCUUCUAGUCCUAUCAACAGCAAAUUGAAGAAUAUUCGACUAAUCUUCCCAGCAAAUGAAGCGUUCCAACUUUAUUCAACAUACGGUUUUCCAAUGGAUUUGACUGAGCUGAUUGCUAGUGAGUUGGGGAUGGAAUUUGAUCAUGAAGGAUUUAAAAAAUGCAUGGAAAAUCAUCAAUUAGCUUCAGAAGGUAAAUUCAACAAGAAAUUAGAUAAACUCGUUUUAAAACCAGAUAUCCAACAGCAUAUUUUGUUGAAAUAUGGGUUGAAUUUGACAGAUGAUAUAUAUAAAUAUAAUCUUAACAAUGAGUGUUUUGGUAAAUUGUUUGCUAUAUACAAUGGACAUGAACUUAUUGACACUGCUACUUGUUUUCAUGGUAUAGUUGGUUUAAUUUUUGACAAAACAUGUUACUACUCUGAAUCAGGUGGGCAAGUUUCUGAUAUAGGAUAUAUUGAGUUAUGGGAGGACAAUUUGAACAAUUUUCAAGUUAUUGACUGUCAAAAGUUUGGCAAUUAUGUAUUACAUAUUGGAGUUGUUCUUGAAGGAAAAUUUUCAGUUGGGGACUCAAAUUGCCACUUUUUAAUUGAUAAAGAUAGACGUGUGAUGACUAUGAGAAAUCACACUGCGACUCAUCUCCUGAACUAUGCUUUGAGACUACUGUUGGGUGAAAAAUGUGAUCAACGUGGGUCAAUAGUUGAACCAACAAAAUUAAGAUUUGACUUUUCCGCAAACAAGGCCUUGAAUAUCAAUGAAAUUCAGCAAAUUGAAGAUAUUAUAAAUAAAAUUAUUAAAGAUAAACAAGAAGUAUUCUGCGAUGUUGUACCAUUGAAUAUAGCUAAAGAAAUCAGUGGUCUAAGAGCUAUUUUUGGAGAAGCUUAUCCUGAUCCUGUUCGUGUACUUUCAGUUGGUAUACCUGUAAAUGAACUAAAUGACUGCAACUUUGGUGCUAGUAAAUCUUUACAUAUUAAAACAUCUGUUGAGUUAUGUGGAGGUACGCAUGUACUGAACACAUAUGAUAUCGGUUCAUUUAUUAUCUUAAGUGAAGAAGGUAUAGCAAAAGGUAUUAGGAGAAUUGUAGCAGUAACAAACGAUACUGCAAAUGUGGCUGAAGACAAUACUUUAAUUUUAACUUCCAAAUUUGAACAGUUGAAGAAUAUAUUUGGAAAGGAGCUAGGGAAGGAAAUAACGAAAUGCCGUGUAUUACUUGAUGAAACACGCAUACUACCACUGAUUAAGAGAAAAUACCUCUCCCAAUUUUUAGAUAACCAAUAUCAGAGAGUUUUGGAUGAUGCCAAACUAAAACAAAAAGAACGACAAUCAGCUGCUCAAAAAGUUGCACAAGAUAUAUUAUCUCAACUAUCUAAAGAUUUGAAUAUUGGAAAUAUCUUAGUGCGCAAUAUACAAGAAGUCGAUGGAGAUAUUAAAUGUAUUGAAAUUAUUUCACAAUACAUAAUUAAGGAAUUUCCUAAAGUGUCAUUUAUGCUACUUACAAGUGGAUCCUGUAACAAGAAUGGCAUUUCAGCCUUAGCAAUAGUACCUCAGGGUGAAGGGAAACUAUUAAAAGCAAAUCAAUGGCUACACUCUACUCUUGAAAUAUGUGGUGGAAAGUGUGGAGGUAAUGAAAAUAAGAGCAUUGGUUCAUCUAAAAGUAGUAUUGACAAUAUUGAUGAUGUUGUUAAAUUUGCAAAGAAUAUAGCCAUGAAUACUGAAUAG